UGAGGGGUAAGGGUUUUGGUGUGACUCCGUCGUCAUUUUAUAAAAAACCAAAAACAAAAAAUCCUACCAACAAAGAGGUGAUGGAGACCUUGGCGGAGUUAAGGGCACAAGUACUCCAACUGCAAAACGAGAAUGCAAGGUAUAGAGAGGAAAGGUGCGCUUCCGAGGCAAAAGAUACUAGUGACCGAGCUAGUAUCAAUUGUCAACCGAAAUUUCCCGAGGGCAUUUCACCUUGUCAACUGUAUCUAUCGUCACCAACUUAUCGCAUAGUUGGCAAGGGAAAAGUGCACAAUACUUCGGGUGAAUUACUUCACCAUAAUCCCCUCCCGGUGGGAUAUAUGAAAGUUUCGGUUGACCUUGUAUUAGAUACGAACGCCCUUCUACCAUUACCUGACGUUGUUUCAGAGACAACGUUGAUGCGAGAUGCAGUCGGAUCCUUUGUUGGUUGGCCGUCAGAUCUAAUUUUCCCUGAUAUUCAUGGCGGCCGGGGAUAA